GUGGCUUCCCAUUUGCCAGCAGCGGCAGCAGCAGCAGCAGCAGCAGCAGCAAACGCCGCCACCGCCUCCUCCUGCUGCUGCUGAGCCGCCUCAGCUUCCCCCGAGCUGGGCUGAGUCCGCGGCCACCGAAGGCGCCUCCGCUCCGGGGUCCGAGGAGCCUCCCGCCUGCCUCUCCGCGUCCCCGUUUGUCACUGAGGGGAUGAUGAAGACUUGAAGUCAAACAGCAUCUUACUGAGAUUACAUCAUUCAGAAACAACAAGAGCAGUUCGUGGGAUCUCCUUCAGCACUUGUAAUAUGGAAUUAUAACAUUUCCUUUCUUACAUCGUCAUACAUCCUCCAUCCUUCAACCAGCACAAUUUUACUUUCAGAGGUUAAUUCCAAAGUGCCAUUGAUGAAAAGGAGAGGGCUGACUGUCACCCUUAGCCGAUUUAACUGUGCAAGAGUAUUGGAUAAACUUGUUUUUCCCAUCCUUGAUUGGAUCGAGGAAUUAAAGCAAACAUUCUGAAUUGAAAGUGAGCAUGAUAGGAUCUUGAGCCUAUGGUGCUUCUCAACUGUGGAAGGUGAACGAUGGCGUCCAGAGAGAGGCUGUAUGAACUUUGGAUGCUCUAUUGCAAUAAGAAAGACCCAGACUACUUGAAGCUCUGGUUGGACAGUUUUGUUUCCAGUUACGAACAGUUUCUGGAUGUGGAUUUUGAAAAGCUGCCCACUAGGGUGGAUGAUGUCCCCCCGGGAAUAUCGCUGCUUCCUGAUAACAUCCUUCAGGUCUUGAGGCUCCAGCUGCUGCAGUGUGUCCAGAAAUUGUCAGAAGGUUUGGAAGAACCGCAGCAGGCCUUGUCACUUCUCCUGGUCAAAUUCUUCAUUAUUCUUUGCCGAAAUUUGGCUAAUGUGGAGGAGAUUGGCACCUGUUCCUACAUUAACCAUGUCAUUACAAUGACCACACUGUAUAUCCAGCAGCUAAAGAGCAAAACGAAGGAGAAAGAAGUAGCCGACCAGACGCCCAUAGAAGAGUUUGUAAGACACGCGCUGGCUUUUUGCGAAAGCCUGUACGACCCCUAUCGAAACUGGAGGCAAAGAAUCGCUGGACGAAUUCUGAGCAAUGUUGAAAAAAGCAGGCAGAAGUACAAACCAGCUUCCCUCACAGUGGAGUUUGUCCCUUUCUUUUACCAGUGUUUCCAAGAAAGCGAGCAUCUCAAAGAGAGCCUGAAAUGUUGUUUGCUACACCUCUUCGGAGCGAUUGUGGCCGGUGGGCAGAGAAAUGCUCUCCAGGCCAUAUCUCCUGCCACCAUGGAAGUCCUGAUGCGCGUACUGGCAGACUGCGACGCGUGGGACAGCCGAGACCCCGACGAAGUGAGCAGGAAGGCCGAGCUGACCCUGAAGUGCCUGACGGAAGUGGUUCACAUCCUUCUGACCAGCAGCUCGGAUCAGCGGCAAGUGGAAACCAGUACCAUAUUGGAGAGCUACUUCAAGCUGCUCAACUCAGACCACACGGCUUUGCCGAACUCGCGGAGGUCCUGGCAGUGGGAGAGCCGAUUCAUAGCGCUACAGAUUCAGAUGCUGAAUACCAUUACCGCCAUGUUAGACUGCACAGACAGGCCUGUCCUGCAAGCCAUUUUCCUUAACAGCAACUGCUUUGAACAUCUUAUUCGCCUGCUGCAAAAUUGCAAGCUGUUUUUAAAUGCUAACAGUCAGGUGGCAGACAAGACCGAGAAAGACCUUGCCAACAAAUUACUGACAGAAAUGAAUCAGGAACAGGUAUUCCAGGGACAGCUAGACUGCUUGGCGGUAUCAGCCAUUCGAGCCCUUACAGCGGUGAUGCACAAAUCUCCCGCUGCCAAGGAGGUGUUUAAGGAGCGGAUCGGUUAUGCCCAUAUAUUUGAGGUCCUAAAAUCUAUGGGUCAGCCGUCACGGGAACUGCUUGAAGAACUUUUGAAUAUGGCCGUUGAAGGUGAGCACGCGUCUGUUGGGAUGCUGGGCAUAAGCAACGUCCAGCCCUUGUUGCUGUUGAUUCAGUGGCUCCCAGAGCUCGAGUCGCACGAUCUCCAGGUCUUCAUCUCAAGCUUGCUGAAGCGAAUUUGCUGCAUCAACCGGCAGAGCAGGGCUGUCUGUGUCAAUACGAACAUGGUCAUCCGCAUCGUGGAGACCCUUGGCCAACACACCCUGCUUCACGGAGCCUGCGCCGAGAACCUGAUUGUCCUCUUGGGCUCUUUGGGGAGCCAGUCGAUGAGCUCUGAAGAACUCCACCAGCUCAUUAGGCUGCUGAGGACUAAGGACCCGAAACAGACGCACCCUUACGUUGUCCCGGUGAUGCGUGCAAUUCUUACGAUGGCUCGGAAGCAGGGCCUGGAUAGCGCCUUGCAAUAUUUCGACCUCUCCCACAGCAUGGCGGGCAUUGCCGUCCCACCUAUUCACAAGUGGCCGGGCUCUGCGUUUGCUUUCAGCGCUUGGCUAUGCCUGGACCAAGACCAGGCGACUCCUGGCGCCAGUGGCAAGGGGGCCAAGAGGAAACAGCUCUACAGCUUUUUUACAGGCAAUGGAACGGGGUUUGAGGCGUUUAUUACGUGUUCAGGAAUGCUAGUGGUUGCAGUGUGUACGAAGAAGGAAUAUGCUACCGUGAUGCUGUCGGAUCAUUGCUUCUGUGAUUCUCUCUGGCACAACAUAAGCAUUGUUCAUAUGCCCGGGAAGAGGCCCUUUGGUCAAAGCCUUGUAUAUAUUUAUGUGAAUGGACAGCAGAAGAUCUCGGCGCCCCUCAGAUUUCCUGCCAUGAAUGAAUCUUUUACUUCUUGCUGCAUUGGUUCUGCUGGUCAAAGGACAACGACUCCACCGCCAUCCCAGAUCCCAGACCCGCCUUUUUCAUCCCCUGCUCUGCCCCAUCGGACGUCGCUUGGUGGUAUUCUUAGCCCAGGCAGCUGGAGUGGGCUGCUGGGCAAGCCAGAACACAUCACUAAGCUGAUCUCGGCAGGAACGCAGGACAGCGAGUGGGGGUGCCCUACCUCUCUCGAAGGCCAGCUUGGAUCAGUUAUCAUAUUUCACGAAGUGUUGCAGCCUACUCAUGUGAAAGCAUUGUAUUUGGCAGGUCCGAAUUGCUUAACUCCAUGGAAAUCUCAAGACUCUGAAGCAGCCGAUUUGCCCAGUAAAAUGCUUCUUCAUUAUACUCCCAAGGCUUGCAGAAGCCCAAUAUGCCUUGACCUUUCCCCCAAUCUUCUACAUGGAAGGCUAACAGGGAACAAAGUGGUGAACUGGGACAUCAAGGAUAUGAUCAACUGUGUUGGUGGACUGAAUGUGCUGUUUCCACUGCUGGAGCAGAUCAGCUACCUCGAUGGGCACCUACCUGAGAGGCUUGAUGUGGAAUCUGUUGCUCCUGAAUUGCAGACACCUGUAGAAGGAGAUUGGGUGGUGUUAACUUCCACCAAGGCUUCAGAGGCUCGUUUAGAGAAGAACAUCGUUGCAACUUUCAUCCUGAUGAUAAAGCACUUUAUUCAAAGGCACCCAAUCAACCAGGAUAAUCUUGUUCACUCGCAUGGAGUCGCAACCUUAGGAGCCCUGUUGCAGAAGGUGCCAAGCAGCUUCAUGGAUGUGAAUGUCUUGAUGGCCGUCCAGUUGUUGAUAGAGCAGGUUUCUGUGGCGAAAAACACACCGCUUCUGCAGCAGAUGUAUCAACACUUGCUUUUUGACUUCAGCAUCUGGAAUCGGGGAGACUUCCCAUUCCGAAUCGGUCACAUCCAGUACCUUUCUACAAUUAUCAAAGACAGUCGGAGGUUCUUCCGAAAAAAGUAUGGCGUGCAGUUUUUACUGGAUACACUGAGGAUCUAUUAUGGAAACAGCUCUAAAGACAGUGACUUGGCGCCAGAUGAUCUGAAAACAAUAAGAACAUCUCUGUAUGGAUUAAUCAAGUACUUCCUGAGCAAAGGUGGGGCACAUGAGGAAGUGCAGAGCAUCAUGGGCUAUAUAGCAGCCAUCAACGAUGAGGAGCAGCUCUGUGGCAUCCUGGAUGUACUUUUCAGCCUGCUCCACACCAGCCCAACUCGAGACCAGCUGUUCUUGUUGCUUUUUGAGCCAGGAAAUGCAGACAUCCUCUAUGCUUUGCUGCUGAACCAGAGGUACUCGGACGGACUACGGGAGCUUGUGUUCAAGAUCAUGGGGCAGAUGCUGAAGUGCACCAAAGUCUAUGAGCGGAGCAAACAGCGUAUGAAACUCAGAGAAGUCGGGUAUUCCGGACUGGGACUGCUCCUGAAUGAAUCUCCAGUGACCACAUCUCUUAUUAAGAACCUUCUCAACCAGGUUCUUCAUGCAGAUCCAGUUGUGAAUUACAGGGACUUUAUAGCCGUGGUGCACCUGGCUCACAGAGCAGAUAUCAAUGUCCGAGUGGCCAUCUGUCAAAAGCUUUUGCAAAUCCUCCAUAGCCAGCCGGAUUCAGCACAGCAGAUUUCUCAGCAGCGUGCCUGGCAGGAGACGUUGGCGAGGCUCUUCCUGAAAGAGAACGCCGAGGUCAGGAACAGCGCGAGGGAGAACAGAAAUGACUCUGGCAAAGAGGGUGAAAAGCACGCUCCGAGCAAAGAGUUCCAGAAACACUCUUCUUCAAAGGCCGACGGGGGAGACGCUACCAGUUUUGCAUCUGUCAAUGGCUCGUGCGACCGGUGGAGCCUGGAGGACAGCAAACCCGGGGUGAUGCUCGAAGAUCCUUCCGGGGCAGAGAUCUCGUUCAUGGCUGAGGACCAAGAUGAGCUAUGGCGGAAGAACCCUUCUCACUUGAGCUUGGACCUGUCGAGCGUUGACUCUUACGAACUGGGCGACGGUGGGAGUCAGAUGGUGGACAGCCUGCCCAGCACCCCUUCGCCUGUCGAGAACACCAAGACGUUUUCUGGGCAUCUUGAGAAAGAGCCAAAUGCUUCAGUGGAGCUGUCAUGCCCUGCAGAUCUCUCAUUAUUUGAAAUUCGCGAGGCAUGUGAAGAAGAUCUCAUACAAUUACUCACCGAUGCCCUGCUUUGUAUGAUGUGGAGAGGCAUAGAAAGAUCUGAUGAUGCCGCUUGGGUUGAGAGGGGGCAGGUUUUUUCUGCCCUCACCAAAUUGGGUAUAUCCAAUGAACUGUUACGGCCAACGGAUGAAAUAAAACUCAAGUUGCUAGAGAAGAUGCUGGAAUGGGCAGUCACGGACAACAGAGAUGCGAAAUCUCUCCCGGUGUACGCGGAAAACGCCUUCCGGCUCCUGCUUAUCGUGCAAGAUUUCCUGCAAGCGGAAGGGCUUGUUAAUUCAAGUCUGUGGACGGAAAAGCUCUUGGAGGAGCUGGUGACUCUCAUGGAUACCUUGUCUGUCUGGUACUCUUCCGGCCCAGAGUACGUGAAGUUCUACCAAGUCCAAGUCCAGAUGCUGCUUGGAUUCAUUGGACAGGAUAAUUUGCAGGUUUGUGCAAUGGCUGCAGCCAAGCUAAACACCCUCCUUCAGACCAAAGUGCUUGACAACCAAUUGGAGUCCUGCUACCUCCUGGGCAGGCUGGAAGGCAUUCUGAGCAGAUCUAUCAAGGAAAAGACGGAGACCUACUCUUUCCUGAUCCCUCUCGUACGGACGCUGGUUUCCAAAAUAUACGAGCUUCUCUUCAUGGACUUGCACUUACCUUCUCUGCCUUCGACGAACGGAAGCCCUUCCUUUUUUGAGGACUUCCAGGACUAUUGCGACACGGAGGAAUGGCAAUCUUACAUUGCUAAAUUUAUCAUUCCACACAUGAAGCAGUACGAACUCAGCACUUUUAGCGAUGGCCAUGAGCGUAUGGCAGUAUUUUGGAAGGAUUGUUACGAAGAACUGAUGGUCAACAUCCAUAAACGAGAGCGGGAGCGAGGAGAAAGCAAGCUCAAAUUUCAGGAGUUUUUCGUGGAGCCAUUCAACCGACGGGCACGGCAGGAAAACCUGCGUUACAACAGCAUGUUGAAGCAGCUGAACAAUCAGCACACGGCAACUCUCCGACAGUGGAGAGCUGGCAAACUCUACCUCAUGUGUGAGCAGGGGCCCUGGGCUGAAAGGAAGCUAAAUCGUAUUCACUGGAAACUUUCAAAUGUGGAAAAUUACUCACGGAUGAGGCUAAAGUUGGUACAAAAUUACAAUUUCAACUCUCAUCAGGAGGCCAGUGCCCUAAGGGAUAAUCUAGGAGUUCAGCAGGCGCCGCCAUCGAGUGAGGCUUUGCUUCUGGAGGCAGUGAAGCAAGUGAAAGUCAACGAUAUGGAGGAUGAUAUACUUGAAUUGCCAGAUGAAGAUCCAGCAGCUAAUACAAGCAUGGAUGAAAAGGAAGAGCAGAGCCAGAAAGAAAAACUCGUGUUCUCUGAAGACUGUGAACUUAUUACAGUAAUUAAUGUCAUCCCCGGCAGGCUGGAGGUCACUACCCAGCACAUUUACUUCUACGAUGGCAGCAUUGAAAAAGAGGAAGGUAUAGGUUUUGAUUUCAAAUGGCCUCUUUCUCAGAUUCGAGAGAUUCAUUUGCGUCGCUAUAACUUGAGGCGGUCCGCUUUGGAGAUCUUCUUUGUUGACCAGACCAAUUACUUCCUGAACUUUAAAAAGGAGGCAAGAAAUAAAGUGUACAGCCGAAUUCUGUCUCUGUGUUCUCCACAUAUUAGUGGGACAAGAUCUCCACAAGAAUUAUUUAAAGCAUCUGGACUGACCCAGAAAUGGGUGAACAGAGAGAUAUCAAACUUUGACUACCUCAUUCAAUUAAACACAAUGGCAGGACGAACCUAUAAUGACCUUGCGCAGUAUCCUGUAUUUCCAUGGGUCCUACAGGAUUAUACUUCAGAAGAAUUGGAUCUCAAUAACCCUGCUGUGUUCAGGGAUCUGUCCAAGCCCAUUGGCGUGGCAAAUGAAAAGAACGCCAAGGCUGUCCUGGAAAGAUAUGAGAACUUUGAAGAUCCACUUGGAAUCGUCGACAAGUUCCACUACGGCACUCACUAUUCCAACGCAGCUGGAGUCAUGCAUUACCUCAUCCGGGUAGAGCCUUUUACCACAUUGCAUAUCCAGCUUCAGAGUGGCAGAUUUGACUGUGCGGACCGGCAGUUCCAUUCCAUUCCUGCUACCUGGCAAGCUCUCAUGGAGAAUCCCAAUGAUGUGAAAGAACUAAUCCCAGAAUUCUUCUACUUUCCAGAGUUCUUGGAGAAUCAAAACAAUUUCAGCUUGGGUCAGCUGCAGAUCUCGAAAGAAGUUGUGAAUGAUGUUCUCCUCCCGAAAUGGGCCCAGUCACCUGAGGACUUCAUUUUUAAACACAGGAAAGCUUUGGAGUCGGAGUAUGUCUCUGCCCAUCUCCAUGAGUGGAUAGAUCUGAUUUUUGGCUACAAACAGAGAGGGCUAGCUGCGGUGGAGGCCCUGAAUGUGUUUUAUUACUGUACUUAUGAAGGAGCUGUAGAUCUUGAUGCCUUGACCGACGAGAAAGAAAGGAAAGCUUUAGAAGGGAUGAUUAAUAAUUUUGGACAAACACCUUGUCAGCUACUCAAGGAGCCGCAUCCUGUGAGGUUGUCUGCGGUGGAAGUGGUGCAGAAGCAGACCAGAAAUGAAAACGCCGCAUUUCACCUCUUCCAACACCUCCCUGAAAUGAAGUCAUUCUUCAUUGAGGGGAUCAGCGAUGGGAUACCUAUUGUUAAGUCCAUUGUCCCCAGGAAUCAGUCACGUUCUUUCAUGUCACAAGGGAGCCCAGAGAUUUUGGUAACAGUGAGUCAGAACUGCAUCAUUGGAACUCACGGGUGGCUGCCUUACGACAGAAAUAUCUCCAACUAUUUCACUUUUCUGAGAGAUCAAACUGUCACAAAUCCCAAAACACAACGAAGCGUGAGUGGUCCUUUUGCGCCAGGACUGGAGAUUACACCCAAGUUGUUUGUAGCAUCUCAUGAUGCAAAGCUGCUAUUUAGUGGAGGCCACUGGGACAACAGCAUCAGAGUGACAUCGCUCACAAAGGGGAAAUUGAUGGCACAGCAUAUUAGGCACAUGGAUAUAGUGACCUGCUUGGCUAUGGAUUUCUGUGGAAUCCAUUUAAUUUCGGGCUCGAGGGACACCACUUGUAUGAUAUGGCAAGUUAUUCAGCAGGGAGGCGUGCCUGUAGGCCUGGCACCUAAACCUUUGCAGAUUCUGUAUGGACAUACCAAUGAAGUAUCCUGUGUUGGCAUCAGUACAGAACUGGACAUGUCUGUGUCAGGGGGCAGGGACGGCACUGUGAUUGUGCAUACGAUUCGGAAAGGUCAGUACGUGAAGACUCUGAGGCCGCCGUGCGAGAGAGCUCUCUCGCUCACUGUCCCAAAUCUUGCCGUCUCCUGGGAAGGACAUAUAGUCGCCCACACCAGUGUAGAAGGAAAGACAACUCUCAAGGAUAAAAAUGCACUACAUCUCUAUUCUGUGAAUGGAAGGUAUUUGGGCUCAGAGAGCCUGAAAGAGGACGUGUCGGAUCUGUGCGUGGCUGGGGAAUAUAUUGUCAUGGGGAGCCUCCAGGGAUUUCUAUCCAUACGAGAUCUCCACAGCCUCAGCCCCAGCACCUCCCCCUUGGCCAUGCGGCUGCCGAUCCGCUGUGUCUCUGUGACCAAAGAGUCCAGUCAUAUUCUGGUGGGCCUCGAGGACGGCAAGUUGAUCAUCAUCGGUGUCGGGAAGCCGGCAGAGAUGCGUGUGGGACAGCUCUCUCGAAAGUUGUGGGGUUCCAGCAAACGCAUCAGCCAGAUUUCAUCAGGAGAGACUGAAUAUAACACGCAAGAUUCCAUGUGAUUUCUGCUCCUGCCUCCUCUUGGGGAAUCCCACACAUUUAUUUAAUCUUCUGAUUAUUUUCCAAUCGUAUCUUUCAACUUGCUCGGUUACGUUUGAAGCGACAGCACAGUUUCCGCGGGCAGAUAUGGGGAAUAAGCCUAUAGCACCUGUCAUUUUUGUAAUUGUGUUUAUAUGUUAGAAUUUGACGAAAUAAGCUGAUUCAAUAUUAUUUAAGCAAAUGAAUUGUUUGUGAGAGAUAUGUAUGCAUUCAUAUGUUUAUAUGUGUAUAUUUGUGUGUGUUUAUAACAUGUUUGUCUGUACAUAUAUGUGUGUGUGUGUUUGAUACUUAACUGACAUUCACAGGUUAAUGCUGGCAAUCAUGGGUAAGUUCGCUGAAUAUCUGAAAAAUUGAUUUCUAUAAGCCUUUUGCAUACAUGCCAGUGAAUGCUGACAAAUAUUUUGAGGUCAGCAUUCAUUGGUAUGAAAGUUUUUGAACACUUGCCAAAUUUGUCUGGGUUAUGUGAUUGUCGACAUCACCAAACGGUUGACAUAAUAUAUAGUUAUAUAGGUUGUGAUCCAGUAAAUUCAUUUACUUGUGCACAAGCAAAUGGGUAUGUGCAUAGCUACGGUAGUUUAUCGCUCGCCCACCCCAGCAUUCUGUGAACUAGCUUGUUGUUUAAAAGUUGGCCUUGUGAGAGCAGGCCAACUUUUUUGUUGCCCAAAAAAGAAACAAAAGAUCCAAUUUAAUACCUGAGCAGGAUACGGGCAGUCUUCUGGAUCUUAACCAAUGCCUCUAAAUUUCCUGUCCGUUAUAGACAAACACGCUUCCUUCUUUCACCUCCAAGGUUCCGUAGUUCCAGAAAUCUAAAAAUGAAAAUGAUUCAGACUCAGUUGGUGGGGUGGGGAGAGUUUUCCUUGUGCCCUUAGUUGAAUCCUGCAAUCGACAUUAGAAUCGUAUCGAGCAGCUGGGAACUGUUCUUCAGGCGGUGCCUCCGCCGUCCAGUUUGGACGUUGCGCGUUGGAUUGUCAGGACGUUUAAAAUGUAUGUGAACCUGGGAGAAGCGGGAAGUAGGCCUGCUGCUCUGAACAUGCUGCUGGAAAUUAAACUUGAGAGGUAGGGUCAUUCUGGAAAGAAAAGGUGUACUAUCUGAUCCAGCAAUGCCACGAUAGCAGAUUUUUCCACAAAGGGAUGGCGAUUCCGGGCCCAGCGCAUGCAAGCAGUGCUUAGUGUGUUGUGAGGAGAUGCUGUCUCCAGCAGCAGGGAGUUGCGCAUGGCUGAAACACACCUGCACACUCCAAAAAGUGAUCAGCUAAAGUUGUCGAUCCUUUGGUAAUGAGGAAGAGGUGGUCGUGCACAAGGCUGCGGUAUGCUAAAAUGUCUUUUUCAAAGAACAUUUCAGAUACAGCAAAGGAGAAUCUAAGCGCUACCUGUGUUUUCCUUAUUUCUUUUGACUAAGUGGGAGCCACAGUUUCCUGCGCAUGGAGCGCCAUAGUUUUGGGUGAGAGCUGAAGGAUCUAUUGCUUGGGAUUCCAGGGCGUUCUUCGAUGGUUAAAGCCAGAGGCCUUGGUUUUAGACCUGAAUUUGCAUGGGGAAAUAUUGACCUCCAGGGCAAAGUCUUACGUUGUUGGGCUGUUGUUGUCGUUGCCAUACGUUGUAGGGCUUUGCUCGCUUGCUUGUUGGGAGAGUAUUGUUUAAAACCCGGUGUUUUAUGGAACUGGUCAAUAAGUUGUUGUUUUAUUAUCUAUGCAAGUUGAAGUGAGUGGAUCACAAAUUUCUUUCCAGGCUGGAAAGAUGUUGAACUACAUGAGAAAUAGAAGCAAUUUUCAGUUUAUUCCUUGACUUUUGUGCAGAUGUCUUUGGAAAUUUGGUAAUUAUUUCAGGGAUGAAGAACCUUUGGCCUGCCAGAUUUUGUUCAACUCCCAACCCCAGUCAGCAUGGCCAAAGAUCCAGGGUGAUAAUUUUUAGUCCAACAACAUCUCUGCAGGCCACAGGUUUCCCAUUUAUUAUGAUUUAUUUAUUUAAAGGAUCAGUGCUCUUGGAUUUUAGCGCUUGUUCUUUUUAACAAAGGUUAUUAAAAAAGUAUUUAGUGGGUUUGUUUGAAUAAAUCUGGCUCGGGUGUGCAGAAAUUCUGAUUGGAAAUAACUUUGCUGCUUAUUGUAGGGAUCAACUGGGAUUUCAGGGACUAAAGCAAUUCUCACACAGGGCUGAAAUGGAGAAUGUGCAUUUAUACAUGUGCGAGCAAGUUAAAAUGAAAGCUGUCAUUAUUGUAGCAAUACCAAAGAUAAUCUGGAAGUGUUGAAACAUUUAUGAAUGUGAAACUGGUUCAUUAAGAUUUAAAAGUGAAGGAGUAUUGAUGAAUAUUCUGGAAUGAGUCACCUUUUUAAAAAAUUUAAAAAAAACAAGGUGAUGUAAUUAUGCGGUUACGGGUGGGUUUCUAUAUUGUAUUGUUUGGGGGCAUUAUGUUGAUUGUUGUUUUGCUUUUUUUAAUAAAAAAGAACUAUAAAGAAAUGUCAGGCUGGUAAACAAAGACUAAUUCAGGGGAGCAAACGAGAGAAAUUGUGGGAACUGUUCAUUGGAGAAAUACCAUUUCUCCAAUGGUAUUUGGGAGGAUCCCAGCAAAACUGAGUAACUUACGAGUCUUCUGACUUUUGAAGAAAAUAAUUAAGGAAAGCCAAUGUGGUAGCCUCAAAAUGUCGUUGGAUGCACUGCCAUCAGACCAGAUCACUGUUGCCAAUGGUUGGGGAAUGAUGGAAGUUGCAGUCUGGCAAAACCUUGAGGGCAUCACAUUGCCUGCCAUUGCAGUGGAUCAAUGGAAAUAUUGGGCACAUGGAAAUUUAUCCAUAAGCAGAGUUGUGCUUAUGGACCGAGUCCUUUCACGGCUGCAACUACGCUUCCAUUCGGAGAACGGAAGCCUUGCUUCAGAAGUGAUGCUAAGCCAUGGCUUAGGCUCAGGUGUAGGCAGACUCGGGCCUCCAGGCGUUUUGGGACUACAACUCCCAUGGUCCCCAGCUAACAGGACCAGUGGCCAGGGAUGAUGGGAACUGUAGUCCCAAAACAUCUGGAGGGCCGAGUUUGUCUAUGCCUGGCUUAGCUUAAGGGUAGGGCAGUACGUCUGCGGGAGGAGAGAAGCAGCUGCAGUUCUUACGGAGAAUACUGCCAUUUCACAUCUUCUCUUGUCGUGGUUUGGCUUAUAGCAUCACAUGAUGGGUGUACGAUUUCAGGUUCCCCACUUGCGCUGUAACUGCUUAGGUUUGUGCCAUGAGCCACGCCAUUGGCAUGGGUCAUAGCAGGAAACCAAACACUUUGCUGGCCCCCCUGUAUACUCCUGCCACAUUCUAGCAGGUCAACGAAAAGUCUUCACUUUGAGAACACUAAACAGAGCUUUGAAAGCAGCAAAAAAUAGCGUUUUCCUGAAAUCUGGCAGCACUGUGCAAGAGUAUUUAGGGAAAGUAAGGAUCAUUGUUGACAUGAGAAGGGGCAGGGCCAUUCUGUUUUUGACUUUCCCCAGUCCCCUCUUGCUUGGCCACAGACAUGCAUGUUCUUCCCCACUGCAAUGCUACAAGGACAAAGAAUACGGAGGAUGUUCUUGUGCUGGCUCAACAGCAGUUUUGAAUACCCCAGCUUUGUUGAAUUAGCAACCCGCCCUGGAAAUUGUGCUGCUAUUUAAGACUGGUUUUUCUAAAUAGAAAACACAAAUUCAUUUACCACGUGCCUCUGCAUUUGCUUAAAACACCACAAUUAAAAUAGAAACGGGACACUAAGCCUUAAGUAUAUAUAUAUACAGGCAAAUGAUAAUCGCAUACUGAUUAUUCUGAUAGUGCAAUUGUGAUUACAAAUGGGUUUUUAAUGCCAAAAAUGCCUUGAGAUUUUGGGUGGAAGUGUUUUAGAUAUAUUUAGGUUCAGCUUAGUCCUCGUGUAACAACAGCAAAUAUUUCUGUUAGUCUGUGCAAUACCCUUCCUCUCUUUUUUUUGGGGGGGGGGGUGCUUCUAAGGUUAAAUAAUACACUGUGUUUUUGAUGGUAAGGUUUAAUAAUUUUAAGUCUGUAUGUAUGUAUAUUGGCUAACACGGAACUGAUGUACAGCAUGGUGGGAAAUGUUCUAAAAUUUGGACUUUGUAAGAUUUACAGAUUUGUAAUUUAACCCUUUUUAUUAAAAGGCUUGCUCACAUUGUACAUAAAAUGAUUGUCAAAUUAGGUUUGUAUAUAAUGGGUCUGAAGCCAAUUAAAUAAAAUUGGACGUGUG